ACCACCACCACAACCUUCGAUCCUUCAUUCCACAAACCCACUCUACAAUCUCUUACUUCCUCCACACUUCCUCUCCUUCCUCCAAACCCAAAAAAAUCCUUCCUCCACAAUCCAUCCAUCAAUGGCAGCCAUGGCAACCCAAUCCACCCUCUUCACUCCCCCACUCAAACCCACCACCACCACCACCUCCCUCUCCACACGGAACCCCAAAUCUCUGUCCUUCACUCCCCUGAAUCUCCCCCUCAGAUCCACCACCUUCAGAACCGCCGCCGCCGAGGGCAGCAGCGCAGCCCCCGUGGAAGCACCACCGGCUCCAGUCGGAUUCACCCCGCCGGAGCUCGACCCGACCACCCCGUCCCCAAUCUUCGGCGGAUCCACCGGCGGCCUCCUGAGGAAAGCCCAGGUCGAAGAAUUCUACGUCAUCACCUGGGAAUCCCCAAAAGAGCAGAUCUUCGAGAUGCCCACCGGCGGCGCCGCGAUCAUGAGGGAAGGAGCGAACCUGCUGAAGCUGGCGAGGAAAGAGCAGUGCCUGGCGCUGGGUACUAGGCUGAGGUCCAAGUACAAGAUUAAGUACCAGUUCUACAGGGUGUUCCCCAAUGGUGAGGUUCAGUAUUUGCAUCCCAAAGAUGGGGUUUAUCCGGAGAAGGUGAACCCUGGGAGGGAAGGUGUGGGUCAGAAUUUCAGGUCGAUUGGGAAGAAUGUUAGCCCAAUUGAGGUUAAGUUUACUGGGAAGCAGCCUUAUGAUUUGUAAUUUGUGAAGAGUGGAGUGGGUUGGUGCUGCAGUGAUCGAUGAUGUUUAAUAUGGGAAGCUUGAUUAACGUGUGUAAUCUUUUGGCUGUUGAUUAUGUUUAAACAAAGUGUAUUAUUGUUACUUUUGCUGCUGGUUUUUGGGUUUGUGGUUGUGGCUUGUGGGUUGUCUUUGCUCAUGGUCAUGGAUGGUGUUAUCAGGAAUUCAUUGCUUUGCAGUUUGCAACUACAAUUACCUUCAUAUAGAAUUGGGCCACUCGUUGAAAUGUUUAAUGGGCUUCUCUCUGGAGGCCCGAAUCUGAAGUUCAAGGAGUAAGCCCAUAACGCCAGUAUUUAAGUCCACAAGCCCAGCGAAUUAUUAGCCACCAAGUCUACAAAUAUAUUAUGGAUUUAUGGUGGAGUUGGGGGCGGUUAUUGAGGAUUUCAUGCUGGUCAGAGAGCAAUUUUCGGUGCCCAAAAUGGUAAUUUACCGUUACUCAACACUGGUCAGAGAGCAAUUUUCGGUGCCCAAAAUGGUAAUUUACCGUUACUCAACACUGGGCCUAAAAACUUCCGCUACACAUUAAAUAAACCAGCCCAUAAGUGUGUUGUUUUUAUUUGAACUCAGGCCCACUAGGUUCCGCUGCAUCUUCUGAUCCGCAAACUAAAAAAUUAGAAUAAUCUACCCAAUAAAUAAAAGUCAAAUGUGAAAACUUGAAGUCUCAUUUCAAAUUUUUUGCAUCUAUAGUGAAAAUAGGAAGGACAUUUUGGUCUUCACAAUUAAUUUUUUUAUUCAUUAAAAAGACACUUACUAGGAUUCGAACCAUGACCACUUUAAAGAAAAGCAAAGUUCCGUUGCAUCUUCUGAUCCGCAAACUAAAAAAUUAGAAUAAUCUACCCAAUAAAUAAAAGCCAAAUGUGAAAACUUGAAGUCUCAUUUCAAAUUUUCUGCAUCCAGAGUGAAAAUAGGAAGGACAUUUUGGUCUUCACAAUUAAUAUUUUUAUUCAUUAAAAAGACACUUACUAGGAUUCGAACCAUGACCACUUUAAAGAAAAGGAAAGAUCAUAACCAAUCACACUAAUUACAUUUGUUGCAUCUUUUUAAAUUAAAAACAUAUAAUCGCAGAGAGGAAAAAACUCUUCCCCCAUUUCAAAUUCCCUGCUCCAGGAGCGUUUGUAGGAAGAGUAGAAUAGGGAGUGUCAUUUUUUUAUUUUUCCUCUGUGGAACGGGCCAACUUACUGUACACAUGCGGAUUUAAACGGGUCCAGGAGUGUCAAUUUUUUUCUUUAAGUCCUUUUAUUUCUCCGUGGUGGUAAAAUAUAUAUGAAAAGGCAAAAACAAUACUCCUUUAUAUUGCUAAAAAGAAAAAAAUUUAACAAUAAACUAAUGCAUAGAUUCUAAUGGGCCAAUCAUAAAAUAAAAGAGUUGAAUGGUCCUGACCUACAUGGGAUUUGGCCAUCAAAUAAACAAAUGAAUAUCAUGAGUUUGCCAUUUUAAAACAAGCUAUUUUCUCUAGCAUAAUAUAUAUUAUGCUAUUAUUUUAUAUCUUAGUGGCUAAAAUAUAAUGUAUUUUAAAGUUAUUCAAUGGUUCAACCUCGACCAACCCAAUUACUCCAAUUUUUAUCAUUUCAAAUAUAUAUUAAUAAUAUUAUGUAAUUAUUUGAUAUCAUAAUGAUUAAAUUAUAGUGUAUAUUAUAGGGAAUCAUUUGGUAUUUAUUAGUAAAUAACUAAACAGAAAGAUCUAUUUGGUUAUUUUUAACAUUAAAACGAUCCUAAACAUUUCCAGUUUCCUUUCAAAAUUCUAUAGUUUUAUUCCCGAAUCAGUGAUGUGCAAAUUAGGGGUGGAAAUUGGGGUGAGUGUGGUUACCCGCCCCACAUUUUACGGGUAACCACAUUCACAAAUAUAGAAUUAUGCUACCCACAACCCGCCUCACAGUGGGUAGUGGUUAACCACUAGCCGCUGCGGGUUGGUGCGGGUUGGUUGUGGAUAUCCACAUUAAAAAUAAUAAUAUGGU